CGUAUUUUGAUUUUCCACGCAAUGAGGAACACAUACACACAUUUUGUACCAUUGAAAAGGUUUGAGUUUCAGAAACGCCGAUUAUAAUUUAGGAUCGACAUCUAAUUUGGAUAAAUGCCAAUUAAUGUUACACAGAUAUUUUAAAAAAUAUAUUUUUUCAGCACCUACCAGAACAUACAUAUUUGUGAUAUAAAAUUCACGAACGAAGGAUCUAUUCCUAGGCCUAGGGCUCAAACCAAACUCCAAACCAGCGAGAGGCGAGUGGGGGACAUGGGGUUUCUUUUCUCCAAGAUAUGGAGUUUGUUCACAAACGAAGAACAUAAAGUCAUAAUUGUUGGGCUGGACAAUGCUGGAAAAACAACUAUUCUCUACCAAAUAUUGAUGAAUGAAGUUGUGCAUACUUCACCAACUAUUGGAAGCAAUGUGGAGGAAGUGAGGUGGCGUAAUAUUCAAUUCUUGAUGUGGGAUAUUGGAGGGCAGGAAUCGCUCAGGUCCUCAUGGAGCACAUACUAUGCAGGCACAGAGUUUGUAAUUUUAGUGGUUGACAGUACUGAUCGUGAGAGAUUACACAUUUCAAAAUCAGAGUUGUAUCAAAUGCUAGCUAACGAGGAUUUGAAGCAUGCUGCAGUUUUAUUAUACGCCAACAAACAGGACGUGAAGGGUUCAAUGUCUGCGACUGAAAUAUCUCAACAACUAAACUUAACAUCAGUUAAAGACCAUGGUUGGCAUAUACAAGCUUGUUGUGCCCUAACAGGGGAAGGGUUGUAUCAAGGUUUGGAAUGGAUAGGUUCACGUAUCAAAAGGUGACCAUUGGAAUAGUGUGACAAUAACAACAUGUAGUGUGUAUCUUCCAAUAUCCUCAACAAUAUGUGAGGGACAAAAGUCUAGCAAUGAAUUUGGUCAACUUCCAUGACACAGAUAAAUUCAGUUGGCAACACUAAAGUCAGAUACCUUGACAAAGAUUUUGAGAAGAAAUGAUUCAGUGAACAAUGACUACAAGAAAGAACAUUGCAUGUAUGUAGUCUGCUGGAAAAGUAUAACCUUUGCUAUUUAAUUCAAGAUCGAGGGCAGCAAACUCUUAUGUGUGGCUAUAACUUUCAACUAGAAAGAUAAUGAACCAGGAAAUAUAAUGGAGGUAUGCAUUUUGGCUGCAGUCAUCAAA